GUAUUUUAUUGCAAGUUAUUGGAAGAAGCAAACAGGGGCUCUUUUCCUGCAGAGAUGGUGAAUAAAAUCUUUUCUAACAUUUCAUCAAUAAAUGCCUUCCAUAGUAAAUUCCUCUUGCCAGAGCUGGAGAAACGAAUGCAAGAAUGGGAAACCACUCCCAGAAUUGGCGACAUCCUUCAAAAAUUGGCGCCAUUCCUAAAGAUGUACGGAGAGUAUGUGAAAGGGUUUGACAAUGCAAUGGAGCUGAUUAAAACGAUGACAGAGCGAAUUCCCCAGUUUAAAUCCAUGAUUGAAGACAUUCAGGUAACAGGGACAGCUUUGGUCAUGCUAGUGAAUUUUUCUAUAUGA